UGGCACCCACCAGCGCCCCCAGCGCUCGCCUGGCUGCCGGGCUCUGUCUGCCUGCACUGACCUGUGGCUUCUGCCCUCCUGGGGCGCGGUGGUGAGUCUGGGGGCCUGCAGAGCCUCGGGGACCCCCGCACCCCCACCCUGCACCCCAAGCUGGAGGACGGGGGCGAGGAUGCGAUGAGCGGGGGUCGCUUUGACUUUGACGAUGGCGGGGCGUACUGCGGGGGCUGGGAGGGGGGCAAGGCGCACGGCCACGGCCUGUGCACCGGCCCCAAGGGCCAGGGCGAGUACUCGGGCUCCUGGAACUUCGGCUUUGAAGUGGCGGGCGUCUACACCUGGCCCAGCGGGAACACCUUCGAGGGCUACUGGAGCCAGGGCAAGAGGCACGGGCUGGGCAUAGAGACCAAGGGGCGCUGGCUCUACAAGGGCGAGUGGACGCACGGCUUCAAGGGGCGCUACGGCACGCGGCAGAGCUCCAGCAGCGGCGCCAAGUAUGAGGGCACCUGGAACAACGGCCUGCAGGACGGCUAUGGCACGGAGACCUAUGCGGACGGAGGAACCUACCAGGGCCAGUUCACCAACGGCAUGCGGCACGGCUACGGCGUGCGGCAGAGCGUCCCCUACGGGCUGGCGGUGGUGGUGCGCUCGCCGCUGCGCACGUCGCUGUCGUCGCUGCGCAGCGAGCACAGCAACGGCACGCUGGGCCCCGACUCGCCGGGCUCGCCGGCCUCCGACGGCCCGGCGCUGCCCUCCCCGGCCAUCCCGCGCGGCGGCUUCGCGCUCAGCCUGCUGGCCAGCGGGGAGGCGGCGGCGGCGGCGGCGCGGGGCCCGGGCGGCCUCUUCCGACGGGGCGCGCUGCUGGGCGCGCUGCGGCGCUCCGAGUCCCGCUCGUCGCUGGGCAGCCAGCGCAGCCGCGUCAGCUUCCUCAAGGGCGAGCUGAGCUCGGGCGCCAGCGACAACGCCUCCACCGCCAGCCUGGGCGAGGGCGCCGAGGGCGCCGACGAGGACGCCGCCGCCGCCGCCGCGCCCUUCGAGGCCGACAUCGACGCCACCACCACCGAGACCUACAUGGGCGAGUGGAAGAGCGACAAGCGCUCGGGCUUCGGCGUGAGCGAGCGCUCCAGCGGCCUGCGCUACGAGGGCGAGUGGCUGGACAACCUGCGCCACGGCUACGGCUGCACCACGCUGCCCGACGGCCGCCGCGAGGAGGGCAAGUACCGCCACAACGUGCUGGUCAAGGGCACCCGGCGCCGCGUGCUGCCGCUCAAGAGCGCCAAGGUCCGCCAGAAGGUGGACCACGCCGUCGAGGGGGCCCAGCGCGCCGCCGCCAUCGCGCGCCAGAAGGCCGAGAUCGCCGUCUCCAGGACCAGCCAUGCCAAGGCCAAAGCUGAGGCUGCAGACCAGGCUGCCCUGGCCGCCAACCAGGAGUCUACCAUUGCCCGUACGCUGGCCAGGGAGCUGGCUCCGGACUUCUACCAGCCAGGCCCCGAGUACCAGAAGCGGCGGCUGCUGCAGGAGAUCCUGGAGAACGCGGAGGGGCUGCUGGAGCCGCCGGCGCGCGGCGCCCCGGAGCGAGCCCGCGAGAGCCCGCAGCUGCACGAGCGCGAGAGCCCGCGCCCCGAGGGCGAGGGCGGCGCCCCGGCCGCGUCCCCCGCCGCGUCCCCGGCCGCCACGCCGCCGCAGCCCAAGCGGCCCCGGCCCGGGGCGCCCGCGGGCGGCCUGCUGAGCCCGGGCGCCUGGAACGGGGAGCCGGGCGCCGAGGCCGCCCCGAGCCCGGGCCCGGGCCGCCGCGGCCCCGCGCGGCCCGCGGAGCACAUGGCCAUCGAGGCGCUGCGCCCGCCGCCCGCCGCGCCGGCCGAGCCCGAGGUGGCGCUGUACCGGGGCUACCACAGCUACGCCGUGCGCACCGGGCCGCCCGCGCCGCCCCCCGACGACGACGAGCCCGCGGCCGCCGCGCCGCCGGCCCCCGAGCCCGCGCCCGAGCCGCCGCCGCCCGCGCCCGCGCCCGCGCCCGCGCCCGAGCCCCCCGCCAGGCUGGAGCCCAAGCCCAUCGCGCCCAAGGCCGAGCCCAGGGCCCGCGCGCGCAAGGCCGAGCCCCGGGGCUCCGGCAAGGCCGCCGCCAAGAAGAAGGCGCGGAAGGACGCGGCGCUGGCGGCCGAGGCUGAAGUGGAGGUGGAAGAGGUCCCCAACACCGUCCUGAUCUGCAUGGUGAUCCUGCUGAACAUCGGCCUGGCCAUUCUCUUCGUUCACCUCCUGACCUGAGCCUCCUCUUCCAGGUGACCAAGGAGGACUGCACUCCAGACCUGGAGCCCUGGUGCCAGCCCGCAUCCAUGCCUCCGAC